AACAUUUUCUGGAAGGCAUUAAACUUUUGUGAAAAUCAUGAAAAAUGCUGGCGCUGGCUGGCAACUUUUUUAAAAAACGCUGGCGGUGAAAGAGUUAAAGUAGACUUAUCUACAUUAAAGUAGUGAUCAACAGGGGUGAUUCAUUUUAGUGAGGUUCAGCCCCCCAAUGAGGGCAUAAUAAGCAUAAGCACCAAUAGCAGCAGGGCUGAUCACUACACAGAAUGAUCACCGACACCUGUCAUCCAAUCACAGACCCACUUAAGUGUACAUUAAAGGGAGUGAUAUAAUACAAUUUCAUAUUUUCUUUUUGUAUAGUGGGUUAUUUAGCUGUUUUGCCUUGGACAUUCUCGUGUGUGAUUCACAGUCUAUACAUGUGUUUUAAUUAACUUAUUUGUUGAUAAUGUUGACUUCAAACUACAGCUUAUAGAUAGUUUGUCACACGUAGAUUAAUAUGAAGUGGAUACCUUUUUUAACCCUUAUUGUAGUUAAUGGGUCACAAGUAUUUUGUUUUAGACAUAUAUUAAAUGUAAUGGUUCAACUAAAGGACUGUUAAAAGCUGAUUUAUCAAUAUGAACUAUUUACUGUCUUCAUUUUAGAUAUGAUGGAAGUGAAAGAGGAGAGUCAAGCUGAAGUGGAUGAGAAACAUCAUAUUGUAAAAAUAAAUCAUAAUGUUUCACAGAAAGAAACUCUGAAGACAGAAGACAUAAAGUGUGAAAAUAGUUUCAGUGAAGAUGAACGCCCUGCAGAUCACAAGAGGACUCACAGUGAGAAGAAACCUUUCGCAUGUCAACAGUGUGGAAAGAGUUUCACUUUUCAAUCGAACCUUAGCCGGCACAAGAAAGCUCACAUGGGAAAGCAACACGUGUGCCAGCAUUGUAACAAGAGUUUCCCAUAUGCAACUAAACUUAAGAUACACAUGAUGUCUCACACUGGAGAGAAACCUUACACAUGUCAUCUGUGUGGAAAGAGUUUGAGAACAAAUACUACCCUUAAAGGACACAUGAUGAUUCACACUGGAGAGAAACCACAUGUGUGCCAUCAGUGUGGAAAGAGUUUUAUAACUGCAGGUGAACUUAGGAAACACAUGAGGACUCACACUGGAGAGAAACCUUUCACAUGUCAACAAUGUGGAAAGAGUUUCAGAAGAAAAGAGUGCCUUAACAUACAUGUGAGGAUUCACACUGGACAGAAACCAUUUACGUGCCAUCAGUGUGGAAAGAGUUUCAGAAGAAAAGCUCACCUUAACAACCAUGUGAUGAUUCACACUGGAGAGAAACCAUUCAAGUGCCACCAGUGUGGAAAGAGUUACACAUUUAAGACAAGCCUUAUCCGGCACAUGAUAGCUCACAGUGGGGAAAAGCCACACGCAUGCCAUCACUGUGACAAGAGGUUCCCAGAUACAAGUCAACUUAAGAUACACAUGAGGAUUCACACUGGAGAUAAAGCACAUGUGUGCCAUCAGUGUGGAAAGAGUUUUGCAAGUGCAAGUAACCUUACAAGACAUUUGAAAAUUCACACAGGAGAGAAACCUUACACGUGUCAACAGUGUGGAAAGUGUUUCACCUGUCCAUCGAACAUUAAUCGCCACAUGAAAACUCACAGUGUGGAAAAGACACACGUGUGCCAUCAGUGUGGAAAGAGUUUUGCAACUGCAAGUUUCCUUAACAGACAUUUGAAAAUUCACACAGGAGAGAAACCCUUCACGUGUCAACAGUGUGGAAAGAGUUUCUUCUUUCCAUCGGACCUUAAACGCCACAUGAAAACUCACAGUGGGGAAAUGUGACAAGAGUUUCCCAGAUAGAAGUCAACUUAAGAUACACACGAGGACUCACACUGGAGAGAAACCUUACACUUGUCACAACUGUGGAAAGAGUUUCUCUAUUGAAAGUAACCUUAAGAUGCAUGAAAGGAUUCACACUGAAGAGAAACCGUUUACAUGUCAUGAGUGUGGAAACUGGAAA